AAAACUAACCUCACCUCACCUCACCUCACCUAGAGAGAGAAACACAGAAGCCAAAGCAAACCGAAGCCCAGUUUCUCUCUCCUCCUCCUCUUCCUCCUCGCAUCAGUCCGCAUAAAGUCUCCUCCCCUUCCCCCUCCUCCUCCUCCUCUCCAAUCUUGGCAGCAGCAGCAGCAAAGGGGCGGUGGGUUCUUUGUCUCUCUCUCUCGGGCGGAUUUCGGUUUCUUCGUGUGUUUGUUGGUUGCGUUGGCGUUUGGAGCGGCGGCGGUGGCGGUGAGUGUGAGUGGUGAGGAGGAGGAGGCCGCCAUGGGCGCGGGCGGGAGGUGGGUGGAGGAGUACGGGCGUUCGUCGUCGCCGUCGUCCAACCUGCAGUGCUUCUUGGACUGCACCACCCCCGCCGUCGACACGCACCUCCUCCCCAAGGCGAAUGGCCGGUUUUCGAGCGAUUCUUGGCACCACGCCGAGAUGGACAGCGUCGAGUACUUCAACCUCGCGGACCUAUGGGAGCAGUACUAUGAGUGGAGCGCGUACGGGGCUGGAACUACGGUGCAGCUGUAUGGAGGGGAAAGAGUAGUCCAAUACUAUGUUCCCUACUUGUCAGGGAUACAGCUAUAUACCAACAAAGCCCAGACUGCAUCCAGGAGUUUUGGUGAAGAUAAUGGCAUGGACUAUUGGAGCGAUGAUGAGGACAAUGAGAAGAUGUCAAGAUCUUGGAGUUCAACAUCUGAAGACUCAUUAUUUAACUGUGAUGCAAUAAGUGGCAAUAGAAAACGCCACGGGCACAUGUAUUUUGAGUUCUUCGAGGUUUGCUCUCCUUAUGGAAGGAUUCCACUCAUUGACAAGGUGUAUGAACUAUCCCAGAGCUAUCCUGGGUUGACAUCCCUGAGAAGUGUUGACCUUUCGCCUGCUAGUUGGAUGUCAGUUGCCUGGUAUCCCAUCUACCAUAUUCCCUACCAGCGCAAUGUGAAGGACUUAUCUGCAUGCUUCCUAACUUAUCAUACCAUUUCCUCUUCAUUUCAAGAUUACGCGCUCGAGAGCAUGGCCAACGGGAAGCGAAACGACGAGACGGAGAAGAAGGUCAGCAAGACUCAUCUUGCUCCGUUCGGGCUCGCGGCGCACAAGCUGCAGGGUUCUCUCUGGACCAACCCGAGAACAGGGGACCGUGACAGGAUGGUCUCCCUCUUCGGCGCCGCGGAUUCCUGGCUCAAGCAGCUCGGAGUCCAGCACCAUGACUACAACUACUUCAUCACUCACCCCAUGUGAUCUGAACAGCUGAUCUGUGUCAUCUGAGAAGAGUAGGUUGCAACUUGCAAAGAAACCCCAUGGCUGCAGACUUUGGAGAGGAGGCAUCAGAUUUUUACUUACCCCAGCGACAAUGGUAGCAAACGUUUUACCGUUUUGUCAAAAUGACACUGACAUUUGCCGGAUAGAGUUUUAUACCGCUUGAGACUUGAGACUUGAGAGUUUACCUGCAGCUGAAUAUAUACCGAAUAUAUCAGGACUUAUAGGUUUUGUGUUUUUCUUGGCUGAAGAUGUAAACCGACCGUGUACAGAAAGUUUUGGAACUAUUUUGAUAUCCAAUAUAUGUCGUGGUUGGAAUUGGAUUCAUACUGUA